GAGGAAGGAAAACUGUGGGCGUUUCCCAUGUGUUUGGAAGCUGUCAAAAAGGGCUGUUCAGGCCGCGAGCGCGUUUACUUCGUGCUGUCGUCGGAGGUGAGCUUUGCUCAUCAUUUCCAUGUCAACUUUGUCUCUAAAUGUUCCUCUCUGUGAUUGUUCGAGUUUGUUGUAAACUUUGUUAAUUUGGAUGUGUAGCUCACGUAUGUUUUUCUGUAGAAUAACGUCGGUGCUUAGCACGAGCUUGCUAAUCAGCGAACGACCCUUCUGCAAUCUAUGCCCGUUGCAAGGAUUUGUUGCACCUUUUUUACUUUGAUGUUACUUUAGCCUUACGUGUACUUCAAGUUUUAUCUGUAUUUAGUUUUCUUGCAGGGCUAGUCGUGUGAACAACUCAUUUUGUUCUAGGGUUCGCUAAAACAUUUGGGAGAUAAAGCAAGCAGUUCUUUGUCAAUGACAUCAUGUCCUGUUAAAUGCAGCACUCGGGAGAGCGGGAUCGCGGACUACAAAGUUCGCCACGACCAUGGGGACAUCGAAAUGGGCGUUCCUGCUGGCCAUUUUAACCUGCAUCGUCGCCGUCGUCGAUUGUGCCGACGAAGACUCUGAUCUCGAAAACUACUUCAAGCAAAAGAUAGACACCUUCAAGUUGCGGCUCCACGAGGCAUUCGAACGAGCCAGAAUACAGCGCCACAAGCGAACCGCCGGCGGAUAUAACGGUCCUGACGACGCUGCGCUUCCUCAGCAACACCUGAGGAUUGUCGGCACGCGUCCCGCUAACCUCGGCGUCCUUUUCCCGAACGUGACUUAUUGGGAGCCAGUCGACUUUAAUAACAACAAGCUUGUGCUGGUAGCUACCCAAGACGGAAAACUGAGACUGCUUCAGUGGACCAAGGGCAUCUACGCUCCUUACGCCACCCUGGACACCCGUUUGACCACUAUAAAAGUUAAGGCAUUUGCGUAUGGAGAGCAUCUCUGGCUGGUAUGCCUGCACCAGACUCGUAGUCCCAACGACCAGUUUGUGCGGCUGUACCAGCUUAGAGGAAAGCAGCUGGUCACCAAGCAAACCAUCACAUUGGGAGGAGAGUCGGACAUCGACGUCGUCCGGGGCUCCACGGCCCACCACCUCGUCACUUGUGUCUUCAAGAGCCUGUCUGGCUCCGGCGUGUCUUACGACGGGAAACUCGUCCUUUACGAGUGGAAGAACACCCAGUUUGAUGCGGUGUCCCAGCACUCUGUGGUUGGGGCGAAGUCUGUGGUAGCGUGGAGUAUGGACGGUCCUCUCUUCAUAGCACUGGCACAACAGCGGGACAACGAGGGGGAGCUCUUCAUGGGCUCGCCGGUCUUCAUGUACAACCAAAGGAGGGAGCAUGAGUUAAGCUAUGUCCAGGUGAUGAGACUGUGGCAAGCAUUCAAGGUGAACCACUUCACCGUUGCUGGGAUUCACUACCUCACCUUCCUCACCAAGCAAGGAGUCUUCCUCUACUGGUACUCUGGAGACCAGUUCCUUGAAUGGCAGACCUUGCUGGACACAGAAAACGCUGAUAAUGUUGAAGUUUUCAACCUGCCAAAUGGUGAAGCUGCCAUUGCAGUUGUUCGAAAGGAUGAGGUGAUGUUCUUCCUGGAGUCUGAAUCUGCAACCUACAACCACACGUUUACGCUGAGGAUGUCUGGAGUUGUCCUGUCCAGGGUGUCCUUCCAGUGGAUUGAGGGGAGCUACUACCUCUAUGCCACACAUGCAGCCCAGGCAGUCACCAAGGUCUCCGCCCCAGUUCAGCUGGUGCUGGAGAGCUUCAGCUUUGCAUCGUCAAGCAGGACUGACCCACUGCUCCAGUGUCUGCAUGGACUCGAGGGCUCCCUGUCUCGCCGACAGAAGAAUGUGGAUCGGCUGGCUGCCAACAUUGGUCGUGUCUGGACCUCGGACCGGCAGAAACCUCUUGCCGCCGAGAUGGUGAUCAUUGACGGUCCGGUGCGGGUCUUAGGUUCAGCAAGUGCUCCAAAGGCGGUGAUAACCCCCGGAGCGCAGAGGGUACCCGGAGUCACCCCCGAUGACGUGGCCAAGCAGAUUGAGAAGGUAAAGGCAAGCGUAGCAGGCAUGGAGAACGACCUGAAGAACGUGGUUUACAAGUCGGUUCCCCAGACCAUCAGAGGAAAUCUCAAAUACACAAGACCUGUUGGAGCUUCGAAUCUGCGUGUGCGCGACCUUUCCAACUCCACACUGAACGGGGUUCCACUCGCAGACCUGUUUAAAAACACGCUGAAGAUCACUGGCAACCAAAUUCUCAAUCAGCCAAUCUCUUUCGGUAACCUCUACGUCAACCAGCUGACCGUCAACUCCAUCAACAGCAUCAAAGUUUCAGAUGUCAUGAUGACCAAUAAGGACCAGGUCGUAGUGGGUAACCUCAGGUUCGGCCAUGUUGCAAUGACUGACCUUCUUGUUGCGAAAGGUCACAAGAUAAACGAUGUGGAUCCUAGCAUGGUUGUGACUACGGACACUCCGCAGACCAUUACUGGCCGCAAAAAUUUUGCAAAGCUCAACGUCCCGAGCGACUUGCACGUUCUGGCCACUACCAAUGGGAGGGACCUGUCUGAUUUCGCCCGAAAGUUGGUACCCCUGCACGGCAACAGCGAGGUGACCGGAACGUGGAGCUUCCAGAGCCCGCUCACGGUCGGCUCCGGACUGCACCUGAAGCACCCCAUCGACAGCAAGUACAGCAUUCCGGCGCUGUACGCCGAGGCGGUGGACAAACACAGCCACCAAAUUAUCGGGGGUGCAAAGAGCUACGACGCCCCCGUGACGGUCCGUGGCAACGUCGAAGUUGGCGGCACCCUCAACGGCAUCAGACCGAACCUUGACCUGGUGACUCUGGGAGGCGAUCAGACAAUCGGCGGUACGUGGACCGUCAAGGAUGCCAUCCACUUCAAGAAGAACCUGAACACCGGAUCCAUCAACGGUCUGAACCUUGCCAAGGAAGCCGUGCGCAGGAGCAAGGGGCCGCAAAUCGUCUACGGCACAAAGAUCUUCGGUGCCGAUGUCAAUGUGACUGGGGACAUCACCAUGACCCCUGGCAGCACCAUCGACGGAGUUGAUCCAUCGGAACUCGGCAAGAGUGUUGGCCGGGCUGUUGUAUACGACAGUGCCGUAAGCAUAGAGUCGAUGGUUGUUGUUGGCAACGUUGUGGCACAGAAGGGAAUCAAUGACCACAUGCUACGAGAUCUGCAAAACCACGUCUGGCUCAAGUCCAUCAACCAGGACAUCAAGGUACCUGUGAAAUUCGACAAUGUCCAUGUGGAGGGCGACGUAGAUACGGACACAAUCAAUGGGAUCAGCUUGGACCAGGACAUUGUGAAGACUUUCGGUGACGAGCUUCUGGAAGGACCUGUGACCUUCAAGGACUCCAUCUACGUGAAGGGGCCUGUGGAACUGGCACCAGGAGUGCCGAUCAACGGCGUAGAUCUCUCGGAAGCCGCCAAACUGGUGGCGAGAGCUCAUCGCAAUGGCGUCAUCCACGGCAACGUUAGCUUCCCGUCGUUCGUCGUCCAAAAGAAUAUUCACUGCGAGACAGUAAAUGGUCGGAGCUUGCAAAAACAGUACCUCUUGGUUGGCGGCGAGCAGGUGAUGUCGGGGACUCCUGCGUUUUCCCAGCCAAUCUCCGUGAAGCAUCUCGGCGCAGACUCAAUUAGUCCCGUGCUCUUCAACGGUGUCGACUUCAAGGGAUUUCUCAGCGACGUGGUACUCCAAAACUCCUCUCGGCAGGGGAUUGUUACCAAUAAGCACUUUGCUGGUGGUGUUGACGCCUUCCACCUUCAGAGUUCCGGCUCCAUAGACGGGGUGAACGUGGCAGAGUUGCUGAACGGAGUUGCUCUGCUGAACGUGCCUCAAGACAUUAAAGGCACAAAGACCUUCCAGAGCCCGCUUCGGCUAAAGUCUCUCCUUGCGAACAAGGUCAACGGCAUGGACAUUGGGGAGCACGUUCGGAGGGUUGUGCGACGGGACGAGCAUCAAGUGAUCACGGGAAAGAAAACUGUGCAAGGGAGGGUUCUUGUUGGUGGCCACGUGACGACCCACGGGCCAGUGAAUGGUGUCCACAUGAAGGACCUCUACGCACGAGCAAUGUCAAGGAGCCAGGAGAACCUCGUCUCAGCCCCUAUGACGUUCCUCGGAGGAAUUGAUGUUGAACACCUGCAGGUGUACGACCCGGCAAAACUUGACGGAAUCCAGAUGAAGAAUGUCGUUCUGCUCAAGGAAGACUCUGUGCUCGGUGGGAAUGUGGUGUUCAAGAGCCUUCUCGCCGACGGCCACACUAAAGUUAGCGGCUUGGUGAACGGCUGCAACCUCACAAAGCUUUACGAAGAUGCGCUGUACCUCAACGGCAACAAGCAGCGCAUCUCGGGAGAGAAGCACUUUGCAAAGCUGACAGUGAAGGACAACGUCAACAUCCGUGGCCCUGUCAACGGGGUCCCUUUCGACCUCCUAGUCAACCAGCUGGUUGUGAGGAAUGGGUUCCAGGCCAUCAACGGUCCGAUGACGUUCGUCGACGGGGUCUCUGCGGAUUCCCUCGUAGUUGCCGGUCCUGUCAACAGCAUCAACCUCACAGACCUCCUCCACGACGCGGUCACAAAGUCAACGGAGCAGGUCAUCCAAGGCACCAAGACGUUCACAAAUCAGCACGGCUUAGAAAUCUCGGAUUCAUUGCACGUCCACGGCAGUGUCCACUCGAGGGGCUUGGUUGGAGGAAUACGCAUUGAACAGCUUGGCACGGUCGUGACUGGUCGCGGCCAUCACGAGAUUGGUGGCAGAAAGACAGUCAUGAAUGCUCACAUUGCUGGCAAUGUUUUUGUUCAAGGCAAGUUAAACGGCCUGCGGAUUCCCGGCGACCUGGUCCUGCUGAAGUCUCAUCACGAGCACAUUCCCGGGAAGACCAUCCUGGCCGGGCCCGCCACCAUCCGGGGCAACCUGAACACCGCCAAGGUCAACGACGUCAGCCUGGACAAGCUGCUCGCGGAGAGGGUCACGCUCCGUGGCACUCAGAGGGUCAGGUCCAAGCUUGUGUUCCAGGAAGACGUCUCAAUUCAAGGCAACUUCCAAGCACUGCGCAUCAACAGCAUUCCAAGGGAGCAUCUGGUCCUGCAGUCAGCACAGCGGGCUCUGAAGGGAACAAAGACCUUUGUUCAGGACGUGGAGGUGGAAGGAGACCUAAGGGUCGGACGGGUCAACGGUUUUGACCUGGUCGAACUUGCCAAGGACCUUGUCCUUGUGAACAGGCCCGAGGAGAUACCGCACAACACGGUGUUUGCUGCUCCCAUCGAAGUGCAGGGCGACAUUGAUGUGGUCGGUACAGUGAACGGAAUGGACGUGCACAACCUUCAGCAGCACUUUGCCAGCGGCAAGCAGCUCUGGAGUGCUGGAGUGCAGAGCGUUGCUCGCACUCUUCAACACCAGGGUCAAACAUUGCACAAGCAGUACUCUGCAUACAAGGGACAAGCGACAGUAUUCACACACUUCGAGCUCUUCCAGACUCUCGAGAUCCCAUCGCGACGCAUCCUAACAAGUCCUGUGACAUUCACGGCUGGGUUGCCAUGGACUUCAGUUGCUGCCGAUGUUGCGGUGUUCUGGACGGCAAGGCCAACUCACUGUCACCACGGCGGUGGUGACUGCUGCAAAGAGUUUUCUUCGGAGAUCCUGAAUGUCGCCGCCGACGGGACGUUGCACAGGAACAGACUCGUGCUGCACAGGCGCUACUUCCCCUUCGCGGCAGAUACUCCAGAAGGGUUCGGAGGACCUGGUUUUGUCGCCUGGACAAACAGUACCUCGAGCAGAAAAGGGUGCGACCAUCCCGGAACGGAAGAGUUUGUGGUCGGCUCCCUCGACGGAGCCCGCCCGCUUUCCCUGGAACAGAACGUCAAAGUUGGUUUCCGCUCGCUGGCCUCCCCCUUUGUGAGCGACAUCAAAGUCUUCCAGGCCCUUGGCGACACCUACAUGGCGGUGGCCCACUCCUUCAGCAAGUACAGCUUUCACGGCACCAAAGCGCCAGGUGGUCGUGUGGACGUCUUGCGCCACCUGUCCGAGCAGAACCGGUGGACCCUGGUGCAGAGCAUAAACGGCACCGCAGCAGUGUCUAUCGACGUGGUCGAACACCGUGGCACAGUGUUGCUCUCGAUCGCCAACUGCAUGAGGCUUGGCCUGAUGCCCGUCCCAUCUGUGGUCUACCGCUUCGACAAGGACACACACAUCUUUAUGGCCGUAGCAGAGCUGCCGACGUCUCUUCCAUCGUCCACCCUCUUUGUGGGUGCCGGUGCGGGCUUGGCGGUGGUGUUUGCCAACGAGAAGGCAGGGCUGCAGGGCCGCCACGGCUGGGUGGACGCCUACACGGAGCCCGUGGGCGUCUACGUCUGGGUGCAGGGACACUUCCAGCUGCUCCAGAACAUCCCUUUGCCAGGAGUGAACUGCCUCGAGCGGUUUCACUUUGCCGGUGAAGCUUUCCUAGUCCUUGGCAGCAGACAUGCCAAGACUCUGGCGGUCUACCAGUGGCGGGGUUACAGCAAGUUCGAAGCGGUACAAAGCAUUGCAGCUUCUCCCGUGGCCCUCCAGACGUACUGGUCCCGUACCGGUCAUCUCUUCCUCGCGAUUGGCUCCGAAUGCGGCAAGACCACCGUCCUCCGCGCUGUCCAACAAGGACAGUGUCUAGCACCGAUGCAACGUGGGGACUCUCACUUGGAGAGCAUGCUGCGAAGGAUUGCUUGAACGUCUCUCCAAACCGAACAUUUGGUUGUGAAUACUUUUUUACAUGUUGACUAUUGUUUUUACUACCUGUUAUACAGACGUGUUCGGCCCUAGUCCUCACAGUCAACCUACAAGAAUGUUAUUUAUUAUGUAUACACGACUGCAAGAGUUGGUGGCGUGCCCUUUGACAGGGGCUGUGCCUUCCGCCGAUGCAACGCAGCAUUGCUAGCUUGGGAGACCACGCUGUGGAGUAUACCCUGAAUGUCUCUUUUGACCCCUAACACUCGGUUGUGAACAAUUUUUACACAUGUUGAUACUGAGAUUUUUUACAUGUUGACAGCCGUUUUUUACUACCCAUUGUACCGACACACUCGGCUGUAACCCUGAAAGUAAAACUGCAGGAACGGCGACAUUGUUUCCUGUAUGUACAGGACUGCAAUAAAGACUGCCCCACUGUUA